CCGUUCGUUGGCUUCCUCUCUGCGACGCCUCGACUUGUCCAACUCUUUGUUUCCUCUCUACACCAUCUCUAGAUUGCUAGCAGAUCUCACUGCUCGUCGUUUCGACACCAUCAUCCAACCAGCCUCCCGCGUCAUUGGCCGCCGCCGCUGCAGCGACUGCCACGACUGCCACGACUGACCAUCACAACGUCGUCAUGUCCUCCACUCAAGAUGCAAAACCACCACCAUCGGCCGUAGAUGCUGACAAUGCCUCAGCAGAUGAGAUUGAAAAGGCGCCCGAGUCGGUGGCCAUGACCGAUGCAGAGGAACUCGACGCUGCCAAUGACAAGGACAAUUCAGACUCGGGCAAGCUCAAGACGCUCAUGGGCGUAUUGAAGCGAAUGAUCGGCGUAAAGGAUAUGGCCGCCAUUCGCCUUUCCCUCCCCGCCAAUCUCCUCGAACCCGUCCCUAACUUGGAGUACUGGAACUACCUCGAUCGAGGUGAUAUCUUCUCUUCCAUUGGGGAGUUGGAUGACCCCUUAGACCGCAUGCUCCAAGCGCUGCGCUUCGCAUUGACAAAGGAGCUCAAGUUUGUCCAUGGCAAGGUCUGCAAGCCCUACAACUCCAUCCUCGGGGAACAUUUCCGCUGCCACUGGGACAUCGAUGGCAUGAAGGCGUCGAGCGACGGGGGCAUCGUGCCCGUCCAGUGUGUCAACAAGAGCAACCCGUCCACUCUUUCUACGAGCACCUCCAAGCCAGGAGGGCUCACCGCGACGAGCUCGCGAACCUCACGGCCCAACAACAGCCGUGCAGCCAGUACCAGCUCGACAGCUACUACCACGACCAACAACGAUGAGGCGGCAGCACCUAAGCGUAAAGGGCUGGGAAGGCUCCUCUCAAAGGAAAAGGUUACCAAGCCCCUGACGAAUGCGGCAGGUGGGGGCAGCAGUGGGGCUGGAAGCUCCAAGAGCUCAACCAAGUCGCCCGUUCUCGCACCAACGGCAGAGGAAGGAGACGAUUCCUCGAGCUUGGCAGGAACAGUUGACAAGCUGUCUCUCAGCGAUGCAAAGAGCACAGGGGGUACCUCACCAUCGUCCGGCCAGACGCUCGCUGGUGGGCCACGUCGUAUCACCUUCUUGACGGAACAGGUCUCUCAUCACCCGCCUAUCUCGUCCUUCUUUGUUGAGUGCAAGGAUACCGGGGUACAGCUGUACGGUGUUGAUCAGUUAAGCGCCAAGUUCACGGGGACGGCAGUCAAGGUCUUCCCCGGCGAGCACAACAAGGGUAUCUUCGUCCGCCUCACAGACGAUUCACCUCUGGGCAAGUCCGUAUCAGGGGAAGAGUAUCAGAUCACCCACCCGACUGCGUCCAUCAACGGGCUUCUGCGCGGCUCCCUCUGGGUAGCAAUCUGCGACACCCUCUACGUCACCUGUCGCGGUGGUGAGCGCUCUGACUCAAAACGUCUUAGAGCCAUCGUAGAGUACAAGGACGAGUCAUGGCUCAUGAAGGCCAAGUAUGCCCUCGAGGGAGUCAUCUACGAGUACGACUCGCCCGAUGAUGCGGACCAGUACAAGGCUGUAAAGGACGUGCCUGGCGACAAGGUCGUUGCGACCUUUGAGGGCACCUGGCGAGGCAAGAUCACCUGGAAGCGCAAGGGCGAAAAGGAGCCGCGCCUCCUUAUCGACUUGGACGAGAUUGAGCCACUGCCCAAGACGGUGCGCCCUCUCUCCAGCCAGGAGGACAUGGAAUCUCGUAAGAUCUGGCAGCCUGUCACUAAGGCGAUUCUGGACAAGGAGUACUCGGCUGCUACUCGCCACAAGCAGGUCAUUGAACAGCGUCAGCGAGAAGAAGCUGCGGAGAGGAAGAGGGUGGGAAAGAGCUUCACGCCGCGCUUCUUCGAGGAGGACAUCAGCGAUGGGAGACCGAGGUUGACGCAACAAGGACGCGAGGCCAUCGAUGGAGAGAGGGAGCUCAAAGGGUACGCUGAGGGACAAAAUGUCGCCGAGACGAGCAGGGAGGCCGCUGCUAAGAAUGCGGUCGAGGGUGGGGGCGGGCAUGGUAAAGCCGCCUCUACGCCGGCCAGCGCAGCCGGUGGUGAUGACGACGACGACGACGAUGAUGAUGGUCAGAGCUUCAGAAGCGCAGAAUAGGUACGAGGUACACUAGGCAUCGUCUGCCUUCUCUGAGCCGCACUGUUCCUCGCCCCCUCAUGACGUCUCGCGUACUCUUCCCCCACUUCGCAAGCUCUCUCGCGCUCUCUUCUCACGAAGCUCAGAUCCUUCCACUUAUCCUGGACGAGUAGUACCAUUUAUGCUGUUCUUGCCUCUCUACAUCAAUGAAUGAACGAAUGACA